UCUUUGGGAAGACAGAUUUUUUUGUUUGUUUCAAAUCUGGAACUCGAAGAAGGUCAUUAAUUUUGUAGAAAAUCAGCUCAGUACCCAACAUUCCACAAGAGUCCAUAACCACACACUAGGAUUGUAGUCUGUGGACAUUUUCUUCUGGAGAGUUACGGCGGUGUGUUUGCCUGAUUUAGAAGAUGAGAAGCAGUUGCUCUUAGCGACUUAUUGUUCCAUUAGCCUCUGGACAUUUAGCUCUCUGCACUAUGGAACGAAGCAGCACGAAGCAGCACGCAGUAGCUGCUCCGUCUGGAAGCAUCAAAGUGGCCGUCCACCCUCUCGUGGUGAUGAAUAUUUCCGACCAGUAUACAAGAGAAAAAGUUCGGCAUACCAAUGGCUUAGCAAUUGUCGGUGCUUUGUUGGGCCGCCAAUCUGGACGCGAGAUUGAAGUGUGUAACUCUUUUGACUUGAAGUAUCACGUGAUCGACAACGCAGUUGUGAUAGAUAUGCCCUUCUUGAAGCAGCGAGACACACAGUACAAGCAAGUCUUCAAGAACCUGGAGCUACUUGGUUGGUACACUGCAGGAUCACAGCCGGCAGGUGAGCGUGAGGAGAAACUGCUGCAUCAGCUCACCUCUUUCAACGAGAACCCCAUAUGGCUCAAGUUCAACCCGCAGUCAGAUGGACUCAAGCAACCGAUUACACUGUAUGAGACGGUGUUUGAUGUAACAAGUAGCGGGCCUGUAGUGCAGUUUGUCGAAGUAAAUACGUCGCUGGCAGCUGAAGAGGCUGAGCGUAUAUGCGUAGACCAUGUUGCUAGGCUACGACAUCAAAAUGCAUCAGAAGAAUCUCAAGUGGCUGGUCCUCUGUCAAGUCAAGCAUCGGCAAUCAGGAUGCUUCAAACCCGCAUUGUCCUGCUACAGGAGUAUAUCAAAGCAGUGCAAGAUGGGUCUCUUCCUGGUAAUAUGGACGUACAGCGCUCCAUCUCCAGCCUGUGCAAUCGUUUGCCACUGAUGAAUUCCGAGCAGCUGAUUGAGAGUAGCAACGAGAAAUCGAAUGAUGUCACUCUGAUGACCUACUUGUCGACACUGACGAAGAGCUGUGCUAUUCUAAAUGAGGUGAUAACGAAAACCAUGCAUGCAGAAGAUAGAGCUGGAAGAAAGCCCAGGCAAGUAGGAUUGCUUAAAACCCUCGGCACAUAGACAUACCAUAUCCCCUUCAUUGACUUCUUAUUCUGCUUUAGCACGUUGCUUUCAUCCUCUUCCUGGAGAACUUUUCAAAGGCAAUCCCUCCUCCGUUCUUUUCUGCUCUUUAGAAGCGAGUGUUGCUCUUGCGUUCUUUAAGAGUGUGCGUGCGCGCGCGUGUGUGUGUACAUGUGUGUGUGUGUGUGUGUGUGUGUGUGUGUGUGUGUGUGUGUGUGUGUGCGUGCGUGCUUGCACAUACGUGCCUUGUGCACAUACCCGUGUGUCUACGUCGGCAUGUUUCUGCACUAAUGUGCACUUGUACAGUUUCCUUCCUAGAUUGAGGUCAUUGAACAUAUUUUCAAACUGCUUCUAUACUAGCUACUGAUGUCAAAGCUGCUUGCAUUACUGACCGCCCAAACUAUCUGAUAGCCGUUAUCCUAUCUGCUUUUACAUUCCUUGUCAUGAAACUACAUUUUAGGCACAAGCACAAGCGUUUGCUGAAAUCUUCAUGCUUAUUGUUCUUAUCAUGGAGUAGUAAAGUACCGGUAUUUUACUACUCUCUGGUUCUUAUUGCUGUCCCUAUAGCCACCUUUCUUUUUAUCUUUCUAUUUUUUUAAAUAAUUCUCAUUGUAACCUGCCGUGUGCCACAAG